AUGAUACAUUGCCACUCCUCCAAGCCGCCUCCGAUCGACUCAUCUUCAUCUCCUUCGACCAUGGCCGCCGCCGCCGCAGCCGCCUCCGCCUCUAGCCUCCUCGUCCUCCUCUUACCCGUACUACUCUUCAGCUUCCACGUUUCUCUUGCCUCGCCGGCGAAGCUCCUUGCGGACGCGCGCGCGCCGGGGUUCGCCGCGUGGCUACGCGGCGUGCGGCGGCGCAUCCACCAGCGGCCCGAGCUGGCCUUCCAGGAGCACCGCACCAGCGAGCUCGUCCGCUCCGAGCUCGACGCGAUCGGCGUGCCGUACAGGUGGCCCGUCGCCCAGACCGGCGUCGUGGCCACCAUCGUUGGCGGCGGCGGCGCCGCCACGCCCGUCGUCGCGCUCCGGGCCGACAUGGAUGCGCUCCCCUUGCAGGAAUUGGUAGAUUGGGAAUACAAGAGCCAGGAAAAUGGAAAAAUGCAUGCUUGUGGGCACGAUGCACACACAACAAUGCUCCUGGGAGCUGCUAAGCUGCUUCAAGAUUGCAAGGAUGACUUCAAGGGUACCAUAAAGCUUGUAUUCCAGCCUGCAGAGGAGGGUUAUGGCGGGGCCUAUUACAUCUUACAAGAAGGCUCUCUCGAUGAUGUGUCAGCGAUAUUUGGCUUGCAUGUCAACCCAGACGUUCCCUUAGGUGUCGUUUCAUCUAGGCCAGGACCCUUUGCUGCAACAGCAACUCGAUUCUUAGCAACUGUUAAUGGAAAAGGUGGACAUGCUGCAGGACCCCAUCAAUCCAUUGAUCCUGUUGUUGCUGCAUCUACUGCCAUCCUCAGUCUUCAACAAAUUGUCGCCCGGGAAAUCGAUCCGCUACAGGGUACAGUGGUAUCUAUCACUUUUGUGAAGGGAGGAGAAGCUUACAAUGUUAUUCCAGAGUCAGUGACCUUUGGUGGCACCUUGAGGAGCAUGACAAAUGAAGGUUUAUUAUAUCUCAAGAAGAGGAUCGAAGAGAUUGUAGAAGGACAGUCAGUGGUACAUCAUUGCACUGCCACUGUGGACUUCAUGGAGGACAAAAUGAGACCAUAUCUGGCUGUGAUCAAUGAUGAAGUGAUGUAUGCUCAUGCUAAGUCAGUGGCUCAGAGCUUCCUUGGGGAAGAGAAUGUCAAGGUUUCUUCCCCGGUAAUGUGCUCCGAGGAUUUUGGGUUCUAUGCUCAGAGAAUGGCGGGUGCCUUCUUCAACAUUGGAAGCCACAAUAAGAGCACAAUGACAACAGUCCAUCCACCUCACUCCCCUCACUUUGUGGUUGACGAGGAUGUGCUUCCCGUUGGAGCUGCAUUCCAUGCUGCCGUGGCAAUGGAGUACUUGAAGAAACAUGCAUCAAUAUGA